CUCUGUUGUGGCUUUUGGGAUUUUGCCACACAGUGUGUGUGUGGGGUUGACAUUGUUUCUUCACUAGGACUACUCUAGCAGUUCUCAGUCUAAAGGAGCUAAUAAUGCAUACAAGCUGUUUAAAAUUAAUCAAAGAUUAAUUUUUCCUGCAUGAAGAAGUCCCAGAUGUGCUUUUCUCUCUUAGUUCUGUGAUACUAUCUCACCUAACUUUAAGGACUAACAAUUCUUGGUUUUCCUAACUCUUUCAGACUACUUGCAGGUGAUGCUUCCAGUGGGGGGGGUUGGGGGUUUGUUUUGGGGUUUUUUUUUUUUGUUUUAAUGAGGCCAGGAGAGCACCUUUAGAACUUUUUCAUGACAGAAGUAUUCAGGCAACUGUAACUUAAUUUUUCCUGCUAGAUUACAUGUUUUGUGGAUAACCUGGCAGAUGAUGAAAAGGGGAUUUAAGUCAUAAUCAUUUAUUGUCAUCUAACUGGAGCAUUGAUUUAUCUGUUCAUACACUACAAGAAGUGAAAAUGAAUUACAACGAGCUGAGUGAAAUUCCGUAUUUUGGAGAAACAACUUCUAAUAUAACUCUUCUCUCAUUGGUACACAAUACCAUUCCAGAAAUAAAUGCUGAGCAACUCCAAGUUUACCUUUCACUGGAAAAUCUAGAUCUUAGUUCUAAUCUGAUCUCAGAAAUUAAAGCUUCUUCUUUUCCACGGAUGCAACUGAAGUACCUGAAUCUGAGUAACAACAGAAUAACUACUCUAGAAGCAGGCUGUCUUGAUAACUUAUCUAGCUCACUAAUGGUGGUAAAGCUGAACAGGAAUAGGAUUAGUGUGAUUCCACCAAAGAUCUUCAAACUGCCUCACGUGCAGUUUCUGGAACUGAAAAGGAACCGGAUUAAAAUAGUGGAAAGUCUGACAUUCCAAGGACUGGAAUCCUUAAAAUCCUUGAAAAUGCAGCGCAAUGGGAUUAGCAGACUAAUGGAUGGAGCAUUCUUUGGCCUGGGUAAUAUAGAAGAACUAGAACUGGAACACAAUAACUUGACAGAAGUAAACAAGGGCUGGCUGUAUGGUCUGCGGACAUUGCAACAACUCUAUGUUAGCCAGAAUGCCAUUAACAGGAUCAGUCCAGAUGCAUGGGAGUUCUGCCAAAGGCUUUCUGAGCUAGACUUGUCGUACAACCAACUAACUCGCCUCAGGGAGUCUGCCUUCAUGGGACUUGGUGUGUUGGAGAAACUAAACCUGGGUGACAAUCGCAUCAGUCACAUUGCUGAUGGUGUCUUUCGAGGUCUGGUGAAUCUUCGAACCUUGGACUUGCGGAACAAUGAGAUAUCCUGGGCCAUAGAAGAUGCAAAUGAAGCAUUCGUGGGACUCAGCAGGCUGGAUAAACUAAUCUUGCAAGGAAACCAGAUUAAGUCAAUUACCAAAAAAGCAUUCUCUGGUCUUGAAGGACUUGAACAUCUAGAUUUAAGCAACAAUGCAGUAAUGUCCAUUCAAGAAAAUGCAUUUGCCCAGGCUCACCUGAAGGAGCUAAUUUUGAACACUAGCAGCUUGCUUUGUGAUUGCCAGUUGAAAUGGCUGCCACAGUGGCUCACUGACAGCCAUUUACAGCAGGCUGUAAAUGUUAGCUGUGCUCAUCCAGAGUGGUUAGCAGGACAAAGCCUUCUCAGUGUGGACCCUGAUGACUUUGUCUGUGAUAACUUCCCUAAGCCCCAGAUAAGAGUGCAUCCUGAGACCAGAGUUGCUCUGCGAGGCAUGAAUGUGACUCUGACUUGCACUGCUGUGAGCAGCAGUGAUUCACCCAUGUCCACUGCUUGGCGUAAAGACAGCGAGGUGUUGUAUGAUGCAGAGGUUGAGAAUUUUGCCAGAUACCAGCAGCAGGGUGGUGAGGUGGUCGAAUAUACCACUGUCCUGCACCUUUUCAAUGUGAAUUUCACUGAUGAAGGAAAGUAUCAGUGCAUCGUCACCAAUCACUUCGGCUCCAAUUAUUCCAACAAAGCCAAGCUGACUGUCAAUGAGCUACCUUCUUUCCUGAAAACCCCCAUGGAUCUUACUAUCCGCACCGGAGCAAUGGCCCGACUGGAGUGUGCUGCAGAGGGUCACCCUACUCCACAGAUCUCCUGGCAGAAAGAUGGUGGCACAGACUUCCCUGCUGCAAGAGAGAGAAGGAUGCAUGUCAUGCCUGAGGAUGAUGUGUUCUUUAUUGCAAAUGUGAAAAUAGAAGACAUGGGAAUCUACAGCUGUAUGGCACAAAACAUUGCAGGUGGUUUGUCAGCAAAUGCCACGCUGACUGUGUUAGAAACUCCUUCCUUUGUGAGGCCUCUGGAAGACAGAACUGUAACCCGAGGUGAAACUGCUGUCUUGCAGUGCAUAGCUGGUGGCAGCCCUGCCCCACGCCUCAACUGGACAAAGGAUGAUGGCCCUUUGACAGUCACAGAAAGGCAUUUUUUUGCUGCAGCAAAUCAACUCCUUAUCAUCGUGGAUGCUGGGUUAGAGGAUGCUGGGAAGUACACGUGCAUUAUGUCCAACACACUGGGCACUGAACGUGGCCAUAUUUACCUAAAUGUCCUGGCUUCUCCAAACUGUGAUUCUUCCCAGAGUGGCAUUGUCCAUGAGGAGGAUGGCUGGACAACAGUGGGCAUUGUGAUUAUCGUCGUGGUGUGCUGUGUUGUGGGAACCUCUCUGGUAUGGGUUAUCGUGAUCUACCACAUGAGAAGGAAGAGUGAAGAUUACAGCAUCACUAACACAGAGGAGAUGAACCUACCGGCAGACAUUCCCAGCUAUCUGUCCUCCCAAGGAACUCUGUCAGAGCCUCAGGAAGGCUACAGUAACUCAGAGGCAGGAAGCCAUCAGCAGCUUAUGCCUGCAGCUGGUAGCUACGUGCAUAAAGGCACAGAUGGUGGUGCAGCACCAUUGGUGAUCUGCUCAGACUGUUACGACAAUGCAAACAUCUACUCCAGGACACGAGAGUACUGUCCCUAUGCCUACAUCGCAGAAGAAGACCCCCUGGAUCAAACUCUCCCUAACCUCAUGGUGCAGAUGUCUAAGGAAACGUAUACAGCACGCACCCAGCAUGAAACCAGUACCUUGGAUAAUCUCUUAGCUGACAGAGACAUGUCUGUCUUCCUUACCAACCAUGACAAAAUGAGUGAAAAGAAAAUCUCCUCCCAGCAGAUCAAUGAACCCUUCCAGCUUCCUCUAUGGGGAGUGAACAAAGACGUGGCACUCCCUCACUCCCACUUCCUGCAUCAGCAGGCAGGCCGGGAGACCCCGCGGGCUCCCCGCAGCGAGGGCGCUGCUGUCAGCACCCAGGAGCAGGCGGCUCCACCCGCACCCUGUCCCCGCGGACGGGACCGGAGCUUUGAUUUUAACAGGACACGCAACAUUCAUGACUAUAGUGAAACCACGUAAGACACUCAAAUGGAGUCUUGAAAGCAAAUCUGUAUCAACUGACUUGUUGUAUUUACUACCUCAGGACUAACCCCAAGGCCAAAGAUGCUUGUGUACGUGUGUCUGCAGUCACAGGCUGGCUAAACAGUCAGACUCUCUAGGAGGAGGUGGCACAUGCCCUUUUUCCCUUGGUUUCUGUGGACUGGAAAAUGGGAAUGUGUAACAGAGAACACAUGGAUGAUUAGUGGUAUCUACAAUAGCAUUAAAACGAGGAUUUUCUGAUGUUGGAAGCAGCCUUUGUGUUGGUGCAUGCUUUGAAAAUCCCUCAAGAAUGCAUAGCUAUUUCCCACUGCAUUGUCUGCUUGAAAACAAAUGUUCAGGGCUUCCUCAUGGAAUUCCCCAGUAACUGUAAGCAUAAAAUUCUUGGCCAGCUUUUUGUUCCUUAGACUGUUAGCAGGCCCCUGUUACCAGUCUAACUUUGGGUCUUGUUUUCUCCGAUGAAUAAUGGGCUCUAGUUGUAAAUGAAUUUGCAUUUAUAAAUAUUUUGUAUACACUAAGCAUAUAAAUGUGUUGGCUGUAAUGUAAAUAUAUUUUUUAUUAUGCCAAAGUAUGUAUCAUACUGUUACUCUCGACAGUUGUAUAUCAAGCCAUAUGGGGGUUUUUGGUGGGACUGAAAGCUUGUUUGUGAGGGGAUAGAGCUGUCUUUGUUUUGGAAAGCAAUGAAUUUACUAUAGAUAUGUGGUGAAACUGUGAUAUUGAUGAAUUUCAUUGUUCUAUACAGCUCUGCAUGCAUUGAGCCUGGCUGACCUGACUGCAAGCUGCUCUAUUUCAUGACAUUAGCAGAAUUCCAAGUUGGAUCCGUUUAAGUGAUGAGAAAGUCCUUAAAUCUCUGUAUGAGGCACCUCUCUUGUCCAGUAGAGCAAAAAGCCCAACAGACCCUGCAUUAACAAGCAGUGUUUCAUGUAUUCCUGGCUGUAGUAUCCAGCUUCCCAGAAGUUCUUGUAAAAAGCAAACAAAAAGAACAGUGCACUACAUGUCUCCUCCUGGUUCCCUGGUAAAAUGGGAGUUCUGAGUGGUUUGUUUCAGAAGUUUUUCUAAGCUUUUAUCUAAAAAACAGCCUUUGUAUUGUGUAUGUUGCAGAUGUCGCCAUGUAUUUUUCCUAGCUGGCAGUUAAGUGAACUUUUUAAAAGACUAUUGUGAUGGAAAGUGUCAGAUAAAUUGGAAAAGCAUUUGAUAAGUACGUAGUGAACUAUACUAUGGAUUUUCUGUUUCCUCUUGCAUAAAGACUUCCUGAAAAAGAAAAAAAUGCCCCUUUGUGUAGGAGGUGUUAAAGACUCAUCAGUGAUGGGUUCCAGCAGGAAUGUUGUGCUCAGUGCUGGUGCUUCAACAUUAGGUCGUGUACUCGCUCCUGAAGAGCGAGGAGCUUUCUUCCUAGUCAUUGUUGCAAUUGUCCAAGCUGGAGGAUAUGUACUGAAAUGAAAACACCCAUGGUGUAUUUUGUAUUUUUAUAAAGGCAGAAACCCCUUUUCUGACCAGCCCAACAGAGGUAUGUAAGGCUUCGCACCAAUCCAUUCCUCAGUGGAAGGGGGCAUGACUGGAGUACCAGAUGCAGUCACGCAGAAUCACAGCUGAAGCUUGUGAGACUGUGGAUUAUUGGAGUAAAUAAGUGAGGAAAGACUGGCAAUAAUGGUUAUUUUCCCACAGUUCUUCAGCCAUGAAUAAUAGUCAGAUCUAUACAAAUGAGCAAAUAUUAUCAAGGGCUCUUAACGUGCUCUCAAAGCAACCAUGGUUGCUUUGAUAGCCAGCAGCUUUAGUAGGAAGAGGAUCCAGUUGUCCUUGACCUCUGGAUAAAGAAGAGAGGUGUGUUAAACUCUUUUUGGGCUCUGACAUCUGAAAUGUUUUAAUAACAUACAUGCCAAAAGAAGAAUCUUAACUUAAUUCCUUUCUAUUUUUUAUUUCCUCUAGCCUUUUCCUUUCCAGACAGCACAGCGCUUAUUUCAAUCCAAAGUUAUCUCUUGCAGGAACCCAGUACUGUCAGUUUAAAUCCAGAUGAGAAAGGUCGUGUCAUGAAACUACAGCAGCAGAAAAGCCUCAUCCAUUGGGCUGCUCGCUGCUUUCUCCAGCUAUUAUCCCAGGCUGCAGCGGCCAAGUGCUGCUCAGCAUGUGCAGAGCCAGGAUUCCCCACCAGCACCCCUCCUGCUGCUCUGUCUCCCGUCACCCUCUGGCAAAUUUUAAAGUUUGUUACUUUUCCUUUCAUCCCUCUCUUCUGUGGAGUUGCUAACACAGAUCUGUCACACUGAAGCUGUGGAUGUGGAGAUGUGGACCUCCGGUGUACGUUGGGCACGAGUCCCUAGUGCGACUGAAUUCCCUUUGGGUAGGUAAGAUGUGCUUGGCCGGGACCAAGGCUUUAAAAUUCCUGCUGCCUGCACCAGGAGCCAGAGCUGCACUGAUUUCUGUGAGGUACUGGCCUAUAAAACUUACCGUUAUGAAUUAGGACAUUUGCAUCCUCCCAUGAGCAAUGGUAUCUCUUUCAAGUACAUAAGCUGGUUGUAAAUAGCUGAAGCUUUUAAGUAGGUGAACACUUUGCUGUGCUUAGCAUUGUGGAGAAACUUCCCGGGUAGACUUGCAGAAGAAAUCAGGUCUCUCCUUUCCCCUUUUCUGCAGGAGGUGCAGACAGGACCUCCCCUGUUUCCAGUAAACACAAACAGUUUCUUCAAUCAAAGCCAAAGCACUAACGGUCCGGGCGCUGGGGGUUCACGAGGCAGCGUGGGCAAAGCUGCCCUUGUGCCCUGUUGCUAUUGCCUAAUGUCUAUUUAUUUUUUUUUUCCACAUAAGAAUGUAUAUUUUGUAUAGCAUGUGUAAUAUAUGUUUGUCUAUUGUAAUAUACCUUCAGUCAAUAAAAUGCAAUAUAUACAUUGAG